AUUUAUUUCGGGAAAACUAAAUAUUAUUACGUUCGCAAAAACAUAAAAAACAUAAAUUAUUUCGAAAUUGAGAAAACAAUUAUGACACGGUUUCAGUUCUACUAUUUCUAUAGCAUACAUUUGGAUGUUGACCUAUGUUAAAAUGUUAACCGCCAAUCAUUAGACCAAAGUAUAAUUGACAUUAGUAGACUGUGAAUCACAGACUACUAUGUUGACAGAAGAUGUGAUGGUUCAAGGAGAGUGUUUACCAUAAUCACAUAACUUAGUUUCUCAAGUUAAGAGUAUUAAAGACGCUAUUAUUCAGACCUCGAUAUUAUAUUCUGAAAAAUUUAUUCAGACUAACUUAAAUACUGUGAUUAAUAUGUCUGAAACACAAACAGACAAAUAUAUUUGAUAAAUUGCGGAACACAAACUGUUGUAUUGUCAGAAGAUAUAAUUUCAAAAAUACAAUCGAUGACAUAUAUAUCAAAUUCAUCAACCAAAAGUUAUACGAACAGCACUGCUUCACAGUGUUGUAUCUUGUCUAUUCCAAAUGAUCCUCAUUUAGACACUUUAAAAGAAUUGUCUUCAGAAGAUUACGAUUUCGUUGAAGAACGAAGUAAUCUAAAAAAAUCGUAUCUCUUUCAAGAAGAGAAUGAUACGCAUGAUUUGAAAGAAAACAUAAUCGGAGAAAUUAAGUCUGAACAAGAUAAACAAAUAACACUAGUAGAAGAAUUUGGAGAUUAUGAUUUGCAGUUUUGUUCUUCUAUGCCUAUAGAAUCAUCUUUAGAAGUUGAUAUAUCAUCAACUUUAGAUUGGUCAAAAUCUGUUUUGGAAGAUACAAAGUUAAUCUCGCAAGAUGGUAUUAUAAAUGGACAUCACGGAACUCAAGUCGAUAACAGACCAAAAUUCUAUACGUUAGAAAAUAUGCCUCAACUCAAAUUGACGAAUAAUUAUAAUUAUUACAUGAGAGUACUGUACUCUCGAAAAGAUUAUUUUUACAUGACAAAAGUUGUUGAUGAACAUAUAAUAAGGUCUAUGGAAAAUAAAAUGACUAAAUAUUAUAGACAGACUGAUGUUCAAAAUUGCAAUUACAAACCACGAAAAAAUGAACUUUGUGCAACUAAAUAUGGAGUUGGCAGGUGGUAUAGAGGAAUUUGUAGUUUUGUUGAAAAUAAUGUUAACGGGGAACAGAUUUAUGUAAUUCAUUUACUUGAUUGGGGAGAGUCAUUUACUGUGAAAGCUUGUGAUUUACGUAGAUUGGAGAUGUGUUUUAUGAAACAUCCACCUUUGGCAGUUAAAUGUACCAUAUUAGGUAUCUAGGUAUAUAGAUUUCAAGGUAUCAAAUUUACAUAAAAAAAAUAUGCGUAAACUAAAUAAUAAUAAUUAUAAAUGUACCAUACAUUCAAAACUUAGCAAUAAUAACUAUGUAAUAUCAUCAAGA